UGUCUGGCCUGCUGAGUUCUGCCAGCAUUUUGUGUUUUUAAAAUAUUUAGUAUUCAAUUGCAAGCAAUGGGACAGACAGGUAGAUUUACAGAAUGGGGAGAAAAUGGUAUAUUAAACUAUGUUGGAAACGUUCAUAAUAGUUGAAGUAUGAUUAUGAGAAACGUGUUGUAAGCUUGUAGACAGGAGCGUCUGCAGAUACUGAAACCGCGGCACAAAAAUAGCGAACUGCCGGAGGAGCUCAGCGGGUCGAGUAGCGCUUGUGGAGGAAACACCUGCAUCAGGACUGACCAAUUUAUGACAUGCUUUUUAUGCCCCUGUAUCUCAUCAAACCAAUUGCAUUUGCAGCCCGAAGCUGGAUGCCAAUCAUUUGCUAAUUACAGCUAGUUUCGGCCUCCUCUAUUGGAGUGAAUACGGUAAACAGAAAGGAAACCUGUCAGCUGAUCACUGUCUGAAAGGCAGAAAGAUGGCGGCAGAAAUCCAUUCCAGGAUGCAAAGCAGUCGGCCGGUGCUGCUGAACAAAAUCGAGGGGCACCAGGACACGGUAAAUGCGGCGAUCCUUAUCCCGAAGGAGGACGGGGUGAUCACAGUGAGCGAGGACAGAACAAUACGUGUGUGGUUGAAACGAGACAGUGGUCAGUACUGGCCAAGCAUCUUUCACACAGUAUCAGCACCCUGUUCUGCCAUUUCCUACAACCCCGAUAACAAACGGAUUUUUAUUGGACAAGAUAAUGGAGCAAUUGUGGAGUUCCUCAUGGCUGAAGAUUUCAAUAAAAUGACUUAUGUAAAGACUUACCCAGCACAUCAACAUCGUGUUUCCGCAAUCAUAUUUUCUCCAGAGAGUGAAUGGGUUAUAAGCACGGGGCAUGACAAAUACCUCAGCUGGAUGUGUACCAGAAGUGGAUGUCUGCAGGGAAGACACUGCUUUAGUGCUUGGGCUUCAUGUUUACAAUAUGAUAUGGAAACCAGCUAUGCAUUUGUUGGUGAUGCCUCUGGACAGAUCACAUUAUUGAAGCUCGAACAGAAUUCUUGCAGUACCAUUUCAACGUUAAAAGGACAUGAAGGUGGCAUAGGCGCCCUUUGUUGGGAUCCUCUCCAACGGCUACUCUUCUCUGGGGCAUCUGACAACAGUAUUAUUAUGUGGGACAUUGGUGGGAGAAAAGGCAGGACUUUACUACUUCAAGGUCAUCAUGACAAAGUACAGUCUCUAUGCUACUUGCAGCUAACACGACAGCUGAUCUCCUGUGCAGCUGAUGGGGGAAUUGUGGUUUGGAACAUGGAUGUCAACAGAGAAGAGGCUCCUAUAUGGCAAGAAAGUGAUUCUUGCCAAAACUGCAAACAGCCAUUCUUCUGGAAUCUCAAACAGAUGUGGGAUACAAAGUGCCUUGGUCUGCGACAGCAUCAUUGUAGAAAAUGUGGUAAAGCAAUAUGUGGGAAAUGCAGCACAAAGCGUUCCAGCUACCCGGUGAUGGGCUUUGAGUUUCAGGUACGAGUCUGCGAUGACUGCUUCAGCACUGUCAAGGAUGAAGAUCGAACUUCCUUGGCAACAUUUCAUGAAGGCAAGCAUAAUAUUGUACAUAUGAAUUUGGACAGUGCAAGAGGAUUAAUGGUAACCUGUGGAAAUGAUCGCAUUGUGAAGAUCUGGGAUAUGACACCUGUUAUUGGCUGCAGUCUGGCAUCAGGCUUUUCUUCCCGUUGACUUCCAACCUCCGUAGCAAUGCACUUUUCACCUACCCAGCUCGGCUGGCCCUGUCUACUUGUUACAAGGGGAUAGUGCAAUUACAGCUGACUAGAGGUUCAGCUGAGAAACUUCUGCUCUGCGUAAAGGACUGGACAUCCACUUAGCAAAUAUUGUAUCCAACUCCAUAAGCACAGGAAAACUCUACAAAUGGAAAUUUAAAACUUUUCUGAUUAAAGAAUUGUAACAUAGUACUGAUAAUACAUAUAGUAUAUUCUAUAUUCUGUGCAAACGCUAAACAGAUUUAAUAGAUGUCUAUAAUGAAGCAAAACUGUGGAAGACAAUUUUUAGAUACAAAAUGUGAGAUAUAUCCUGGUCAGAAUGCAAUUUUGAAAUUGAUUAUUGUAGUGAUACUGGGUCUGUUUACAGUAUAAUAAUUUUCAAUGUUGAUUUAGUAUUCCAACACAGAUUCCUGUCAUAUGCAAUUUAUGACCAGGCAUGAAUAAACAGGAGGCACUUUAUAGGGAAUUAAGGCUGCAAUUUUAUAUCAAAAGUGGAAAUGUAUGGGUAUACAGGGGGAAAAAAUAGUCCAUCAAUCCAUAUCUUUCAAAUGGUGGUAAGUCAGAAGACCUGUUUUUCUUCCAUGCUCACAAAGUAGGUACAUAUUUUAACAGCAGCGCAUAAUCUGAUAGAAGCAUGAAAUAAUUCUUUGGAAUGUGCUGUAGAGACAGGUUCCUAGGCAUUUUCAUGAAUUUUGAGAGUUUUGCAGAUGAAAUUUUGAAAUUAAGUCCUUUCACAUGGUUUGUAGUAUUAUAUCUUUAACUGGGUUUGACUUGUUAAGAUUAAAGUAGCAAUUGGAUUAAUUGUAUGCAAAUUAGUUUCAGUAAAACUAACAUCCUGUUAGUUUUGUUGGCACCUGUUCUGUGAUUUCACAUGUUUGCUUUAGCAGCCUUGGCUAACAUUCCUGAAGUGGGGCAACAUCUGCACUGAGCAGUUUGCAGAAAACUGAAGAAUGGUGCUUGAAGUACUUCCUCCACUUUUAAUUUAAACUAAUUGUUCACUUUAAAUGAUAGGGUAUUUUAACUCUGUGGUUCCAACAGUCAUUCAACCAAGAAGUUAAUUUACACUUCUCGUUUUGUUCUUUUUUUAAAAACAAUACAACCCUCUGCUACAAUUUUUUAUGAGGUUAAUUUCAAGGAACAGGAGAUCAAAGGAUGCUCAUGACUUGAAAAUGCAAUGGCAUUGUAAUAAAUUCACACCUGGCAAGGGAGAAUACUGCUGCUGUAGCUGAACCACUUUUUAAAAGAAAUGACUGACAUAAUUUUUUCCACUGUAAUAACAGCAUCUGAUGAUUUACAUGUGCACAAUUAUGAGAGUUUGCAUUAUCUUCCUUUCACUUGUUUGGUUAAGGAGUGUAUACAUUUUGAAAUGUUUUCUUAUUUUCACCACAGUUUUAUCUCGGGGGAUGGGGGGAGAAAUUUGUCCUUGUUAGCUGGCAUUAAUCACUAGCAAGAAUAUUGACCACUGGUUGGAAUUAUCAUCUGACUUUUCCUAUGAAUUUCAGAGAUAAAUCCAGUCAGAGGACAAUAAUCUUGCUGGUGUUUCAACAUUAACAACCAAGUGUUGCUUCUCCCUUUCCCUAUGUAUGAUUUAUUUCUCUUCUUCCAUUUCAAAUGGUGUACUGGGUGAAGGGAGCAAAAUAGGUAAGUGGACUGCUUUGUUAAUAUUUUUAAAGGUCAGACUAGUUCAGUUGUCAUAUCUGUAUUUACAAUACAUGUGGUGGAUCUGAAGCAGUCAGUAACAAAAUUUGGUCCAGUUUUCCAUCUCCUCACCUUUGCAAAACGAAGUACAUAGUUUAAUCUCUCUAUCUUGGUGAAGCUUGUUGAAAAUAUGGCUGUCUGAAGCUGCAAAAUGUAUUCUUCUCCGCUUUCAACUUAGUACAGAGGCAACUAACAGCAGUUCAUUGUGGAAAGGUGGCGUCAAUGAAUAUGUGGGCGUUUCUCAAAACUGUUUAUUUUGAAAUAGUCCAUUUGAAUGGACUCAAACUCCCUACAAGUAUUACUAUAUACAAAUGGAAAAAUGCCAAGCAUGUCCUUGGAGUUUCACAUAGAAUUCACCUUUUGCUUAUGCUACUGAAUUUCACAAGGUUCAUGCUGUCAUCAAAAUUAAAGUUGCUGCCAUAAAAUAAACUAGC